UGAGAAUAACGGCAGUGAAGGGACCGAGUCCUCUCGGGUCAUCGGCUUUUUUAUUUCCCUCCGAGGGUCGCAUCGUCGUUUCUCUUUCACAUCUCACUUCCGUGUUUGCAGCGUCUUCGACAAAGGUUCCAGCUUUUCUCCAAACACAAUAACAAGCGAGUGUUGCUUCCAAGAUGGCUAUGGUGAAGAGUGGCUGGCUCCAUCGACAAAGUACCAUACUGCGCCGGUGGAAAAGAAACUGGUUUGACUUGUGGGCUGACGGGCGACUCGUCUUCUACAAUGAUCAACAACGCCGUGACAUGGAGGAUGACAUUCACAUGAGGGUGGACUGCAUUAACAUCCGCAGCUCUGCAGCAUGUCAAGAGCUGAACCCACCGGAGGGGAAGAUGCGUGAUGCUCUGCUCCAGAUAGUUUGCAGAGAUGGACGGGUCAUCAGCCUGUGUGCAGACAGUGCAGAUGAUGCUCUGGCAUGGACCAUGGCACUUCAGGAUGCCAGAAUUAAUGCAGUGGUCGCGUCUCCUCAGAUCGGCUAUGCACAGGAAGUAAUGGCAUCUGCUCCACCCCCCUACUCAGAAUAUGCACCCCCACCUCAGCAGCCUUAUGCUCCCGGCCCGUAUGGAGACUAUGCCGCACCUCCUCCACAUGCGACCCAGAUUGUAUACUCUGCUGAUGGGCAGCCCUACGCUGUUGCUUAUCCUUAUCAGUACCAAGGUGGGUUUGCUGCUCCUGGAGGGAACCACGUCAUUAUUCGGGAACGCCAGCGUGACGACGGAGGAGAUGUAGCUUUGGGCAUGCUCGCUGGAGCAGCCACUGGUUUGGCACUCGGCUCUCUCUUCUCCGUCUUUUAGUAUCUUGACUAACUUCUAACUAGUAGCACAUUGUCCCCCCCCUGUCUGCACAGCCUUAGGCUUCUUCUACGUGCCCUUACAUGAGUUGGAGUGAAAUAUGUCUGUUUGGCUACUUCCAUCGAUGAAGCAUGAUUGUGAUGGGCAGGCAAACUACUCCCUAUAUGUCCUAUACACAAAUUAAAUACUGUUAGCACUUUCUCUUACGCCCUGUGUGGCAGUGUCCCUCUCCCUCUGUGUUGUCUCAAUAUGAAUGUUUUUAACCAAAAAUACAAGUUAUUCACUUUAAGAGUUAUUUGGAUGGCGGGAAAGAUGCUUCUCUUCCUAUGUACACUUUAGGUCCUCUCAGCUGACGUCUCAGUCAGCUUUGUUUCUGUAUCAUGGAGCACAUUUGUCCUUUAUAUUUGCAGAAAUAUAACUGUAUAACCAUGAAUUUUUUACAUGCAGGUUUUGUUUUUCUGUGUUUACAGUACCCUAUUUGAUUUAGUCUUAGUCUUGUUUUGAGGGUGCAGUGUUUCCUCAGCUCCACAGGUUAUUUGUGGCGGCAGAGAUGAGAGUUGUGUUUGGAGGAAUGCGCGCACACACACAAAGCAAUAAUCACUUUCACUGUAGCACAUUGGACUCUGGUCGAGAUGGACGUAUGAUGUUGUCUUCCCCACAAAUAAGUUUGUAAGAGGAAACACUGGCUUUUACAUGAUGUGCUUUAAAGUGAAAAGGGACGUCACUCCUGUUGACUCAUAUGUAUAUUUGCUUGUGUUAUUUAUGGUCUUUAAUUUUCAUUGGCAGCUGUCGAGUCAAACUUUUCAUGUCUCGUGAAGUAUUUUCUUUUCAUUUCAAUUUACCCAAAAUACGUAUCAGGUUGAUCAGUCCCUUGAGAUUUAGCCACAUUUCAAUAAGUCAUUAAUUUUCACAUUAAAUGACUUGAAUAUUUUUCAUUUCCAUUAUUCAUCUUAAUGAUGAGUUUAUUUAUUCGAUUAAAAACAGCAACUUUGCCAAAUGUAAAACACUUUGAUCUGCUUUUCAAGACGCUGCAUAUCUUCAUGGCAUCUUCCAAUGGCACUAACUGAAGAGAUGUACGAGACAAAUGAUUUCAGUUUUACAAAUGAUCAGAUUGUAUUAGCAGCGUAACACUGAUGUCAUUUUUCUACAGGUCAUAAAUUGAUGUAAUAUAAAUUGUAUUUAUCUUAACAAAUGUACUAAUUAAAUAAUAAUUGACCCUGCAUUUAAAUUAAAA